GCACUUGCUAGCACUGCCGGUUUUACCUUUCGCAACCUACCUCAUGGCAUGGUAGCUACCUAUCCGACUCACGACAUGGUAGCUAUCCGACUCACGACAUGUUAUCAUCUCGUCGGCAAUCAAGCUCGGACCUGGACGGCGACCAGUUCGGCAAGCCGGCGGUGUCGCUGUCCCUCUUAGAGCACCGGUCCGGUACCGGCCCCGAAUCUCUUGACAACGUCAUCCUCCCAAGACGGGCAAGCCCUGGCAGAUGGAGGUGUACCAUCGUCUCGUGGGCGGCCAGGAGGCUGCGCCUCUCCCGCCGAGGCCUCUUGGUGUGUUUUAAGUACCUGGCCCCCGUGAUCGCCGCCGUGCUGGUUCUGGUGCCCAUCUUCGCGCCAUCCUACCUGCACCCGCCAGCACACUACCGCGAGCUGGAGGCGAGAUGUCGCGGCGACGCGGCGGAGCCCGGGUGCGCAAACCCGUCCAACGAGAAAGUUUUCAUUGCCAUCAGCCUGUAUGAUCGAGGGGGCCAUCUGGCGGGAGGGCCGUGGGGGAAGGCCCUGCUGAACCUGAUCCACCUCAUCGGGCCCAGCAAUGCGUAUCUCAGCAUCUACGAAAACGACAGCGGGCCCGAGGCCGCGGCGGCCCUGGAGGAGCUGCAGCGCCAAGUGCCGUGCAACCACUCCAUUGUCAACGACCCGCACGUCGACAUGCGCCUCAUCCCCAACGUGACCAUGCCCGACGGCACGCAGCGGACGAAGCGGAUAGCCUACCUGUCCGAGGUGCGGAACCGGGCACUGCGGCCGCUGGACAGGGUCGGCGGGGAGCACGAUGGCAUCGUGCCGUUCGACAAGAUCCUCUUCCUCAACGACAUCGCCUUCCGCCCCGUCGACGCCGCCCACCUGCUGUUCAGCACGAACAUCGGGCCGGACGGCCGGACCCGCUACCUGUCGGCCUGCGCGCUCGACUACCGGACCAUGUUCCUCUUCUAUGACCUCUACGCCCAGCGGGAUGCCGACGGCUACUCCAACGGCCUGCCGUUCUACCCGAUCUUCACCGGCGCCGGCCGGGGCCUCUCGCGGGCCGACAUGCGCCGCCAGACCGACGCCGUCCGCGUGCGCUCCUGCUGGGGCGGCAUGGUGGCCAUGCAGGCGCGCUACGUCCAGCACCUCGGCCGGGAGCUGCCGCGGCCGGACUUCCAGCAGAUCGGCGCGCACGUCAUCGACCCGGCCCGGCCGCGCAACGUCUCGGCGCCGGUGCGCUUCCGCCACGAGCCCGACCUGUUCGUCGACGCGUGCGAGUGCUGCCUGUUCCUCGCGGACGUGGCGCAGGUCGCGCGCCGCGCGGUGGGCGCCCCGGACGACGGCGACACCAACACCGACCUCGCCGAGUCCACGGCGACGCUCGUGAACCCCUACGUGCGCGUGGCGUACGACUGGGGCGUGCUGGCGCGGGAGCGCGUCGCGCGGCGCUGGGAGCGGCUGCUCGGCGUCGUGCACGCCGUCGUCACGCCGCUGGUCGGCCUGCCGCGGCACAACCCCUACCGCGCGGUGCGCGAGGGCGAGCCGUUCGUCGAGGAGGUCUGGAGCAGCGAGCGGCAGCGCUGGGAGCUGGAGCGCCGCGUCGGCCGCAACGGCCUGUUCUGUCUGGUGCGCCAGUUCCAGACCAUCACGCCUGGCGAGCGGCAAGGGGACCAGAAUUGGGAGGACAACGACAUACCGCCGGGGCAGACGCUGGACUUUCCGACGUGACCUGAUGGGGUUUUUUCUUGGAUGGGCUGGGUCUUUCCAUAGCGGGGUUCAAAAAUUGCAAGUCAGUAGUCGACAGGCAGCCCAACUCGGAGGAUGGGCGAACAGACGAGAAACAUGGACGUUCAUCACUAACUGUCAUGAAUGAUUUCAAUCAGACCAGGACAAGGCAGAAAGCAAAAAAAGAAACAUUUGGAUUAGGCUGCCUUGCUUCUAAUCAAUAGCUGG